AUGAGCAGCAAUAAAGGCAGCGCUUUAUCUCGUAUGUUCGGUGGUUCAUCCAAAGGUGGAAAAGUUAAGACUGCGCAAACUCCGCAAGAAGCAAUUCAACAGCUACGCGAUGUUGAAGAUGUUCUAAACAAGAAAGUCGAACAUUUAGAAGCGAGAAUCAAUGAAGAAACAGGAAUUGCUCGUCGUGAUGCACGAACAAAUAAACGGAAUGCAUUAAAUGCUUUAAAACGAAAGAAACGAUUGGAAAAGACGUUACAACAAAUCGACGGAACGUUGACAACCCUCGAAUAUCAACGCGAAGCUUUACAAAAUGCCGCAAUGAACGGUCAAGCAUUUACCGCACUUCAAAGUGCGACAAGUGCCUUGAAAAACGUGCACAAAGAAUUAGAUGUCGACAGCGUUCAAGAUAUCAUGGAUGAAUUAGCAGAGCAACAUGAAUUGUCGAAUGAAAUUGCCAAUGCGAUUUCCAGUCCAGUUGGAUUUGGUGCUGAUAUCGAUGAACGGGAAUUAGAAGAUGAAUUGGCUCAACUUGAGCAGGAAGCACUUGCCGAACAAAUGACAAAAGUGAACUUACCAUCAGUUCCGGCACAUCCUCUUCCAACUUAUGCACAACCAGCAGCACCGAGUAAGGCAAAGAAUGAUCAAUUGGCUGAAUUAGAAAAAUGGGCUUCGUAA